AUGGAUUUAACAAUAUACGGUUUAAAAUUUCAUCUAAGUGAUAUUUUAUCUGGUUUCAGGGUGUCAGCUAAUAAAGAAGUCAAUUCAGAUUACAAUGCUAGUUGUACAGAGAAUUAUACUGAUCAUUGUGAAAAUUCUAUGAAAAAAGAAGUGAAGAAACUUCGAAAACUACGUAAUCCAAAUUGUAUAUCAGACAUAGAUCAAUGUGAAAUGGAAAGGUAUUUGCAUAAAAUUGAAACCAGUGAACUUGAUGAUAAUUUGAAUUGUUUAAACAAAUCAUCAACUCCUUCGACAGUUAAUGCGAAAACAGAUCACAUUAGUGAAGAAUUUUUAAACUAUUCAUCAAAUGAGCAACCAAUGGGUCAUCAGUAUCAUCAUAGUAAUAAUUUAUUUACCAUAAAACUUAGAGAUCAAUCACUGGUUUGCUUAAAUAUAGAUGGUGUUAAACGUUUGUGUUUGGCUCAAAUUUCAUCCACAUUGUUGAAACAGUAUUCGUAUAAUGAAAUACACAACAGACGUGUUGCAUUGGGUAUAACAUGUGUUCAGUGUACACCAAGUCAAUUAGAAUCAUUAAGAGAAGCUGGAGCAAUGCCUGCAUCAUCAAGGCGUUGUGGUACAAUCACAUAUAGAGAAGCUGAAAGAUUAAUCAAAUCAUUUUUAGACGAACCACAACAUCCUAAACUACCAGAGAAUUUUAUGUUUCAAGUAGUUCAUCACUGUGGGUGGGGAUGUCAAGGUGCUUUUUCACCAUCAAAAUAUACUAGUUCCAGAGCUAAAUGUAUACGUUGUUACAUUUGUCAAAGUUAUUUUUCACCAAAUAAAUUUAUUUUUCAUUGUCAUUCACCGAAAACAAAUGAUGAUGUUUCAUUGAAAUCAAUGUAUCGUCAUCCAGAUGCAGCGAAUUUCAAUGCAUGGCGACGUCAUUUAUUUUUAAUCGAUCCUAACCCACCUAUUGAAGUUAUUUAUGCAUGGGAAGAUGUGAAAGCUAUGUUUAAUGGUGGAAAUCGUAAACGUUCUCCAAUAAUGCAUAUUAACCAGAAUAUUUCAUCACCUAUUACUACUACUGCUGCUACUACCACUAAUACUACCACUAAUGCUACAAAUAAGCAUAGAAGUAUUGAUGAUGCAUCGUUUGUAGUAGAUGAUUUAACUGCAAACAAUAACCAUAAUCUAGUGAACGGUUGCAAUUCGAAAAAUUAUAGGUUUUAUUCAUGUACAACAAAUCCAAGUGACAGUAUUCAUUUAAAUAAUGAAGCAUCAUCAUCUUUUUCUUCUUCAUCAGACAAGUCAGUCAUGACAUAUGCAGUAAUCGACUCUUCAACACCAGCAGAAAAAUCAAAAACAAACUUCAUGAUUGAAAAUAUGAUGAAAAGUCAACCAAUGAAUAAUACAAAGAAACGUAAAAUUCAUAAAAAAUCUGAGCGAAAUUCAAGCGAAUUAAAUGAGGAAUAUCCUAAAUUAAUGCUUCAUUUUGAUUCUGAUAGUCAAAACAACAGCAUUUCACAUGGUUUCAGUAUUCACCCUGAAGACGAUUUUGAAAAAACACAGACUUAUACGUCAGUUAAUUCAAACAAGAUUGCAAAUUUUGAUGUGACUAAGCAUUUCAUUACAAAUUCCAGUACAUCGUCUCCAUCUUCAUUUCUGAAAUCUAAUCAGUCAUUUGUAGAUGAAAAUAUGACAGGAUAUUUUCUAAAUACUUGGCCUUCAAUAUUCUUAUUUAAACAGCUGAUGGGUGGUCCAGAAUAUUAUACUCACUUACAAGGAUCCUCAAACUCAUCCAUAUACAAUCCAUUUUCAUCUGAUUGUAUUCUGAAUUUAAAUAAUUUACAACGAAUACCGAGUAUAACUAAUCAAAUUAAUACACAGGUGACCAAUGUUAAUUUGAUACGUGGUAGUACUGAAAACUCUUCAUAUGUAAACCCAAAGGAUUUAUUUCAAUCUCCACUAAUCACUUCUAUUUCGGCAUCACCAUAAUCAUCAAAUCCAAUGAUAAUUAAUCGAAAAAUAUCUUCAAACUAACCAAAUGAUGUACGUGUACAUUCGUUUCA